AUGGAUGCUAAUUCAGACAAUGCCAAUAUUGACCCACAAGAUAACACGUCAACUGGUUCAGCUACGUCUCGAGAACAAGGAUGUGGAAACGUUGUAGUUAAUAUAUUAGAUAAAAUUGAUAUUAUACCAGGACUGAAUAAAGAUAUGCGGAACGUCACGUUUGUGCUUAAAGAUGAAGAUCACACACUUGGAAACACUCUUCGUUAUGUGAUAAUGAAAAAUCCUCAUGUCGAUUAUUGUGGAUAUUCUAUUCCACACCCAUCAGAAGCAAAAUUAAAUCUUCGAGUACAAACAUCUGAGAAAACAGAUGCAGUGGAAGCUUUGAAAAAAGGUUUAGAGGAUUUAGCGGGAUUAUGUCUUUAUGUUGAAUCAGAAUUUAAAAAAAAAAUUCAGGAAAGUGGUUUCGACUAUGAUCCAGAUAGCCUGUAA